AGGAAGACAGUCAACAUGCUCAUGUCCUUCUGCGGAGCGCUGCACGUCUGCUUCGUCACGCCGUCCUUCCCCAUUGAGACAGCAAACCAGUUUGUCAUCCAGCUGAGGCCUGAGCUCCAGGACGCUCUGGUGGGAGUGAUCGACCACUACGGAUGGACCAAGUUUGUCUACAUGUACAGCUCUGACUCAGGCCUGUCAGUGCUGCAGAAGGUUCUGGACACAGCGGCAGAGAGGAACUGGCUGGUGACCUCGGUUAAUGUGGAGACCAUGACGGAGGCCUCUUUCUUGAAAGUGUUCCAGGAUUUGGACAAGAGGAAGGAGGGCCAGAUUAUCAUCGACUGUGAGACUGAGAGGCUUACUGGCAUCCUCAAGAAGAUUGUUGAACAAGGCAAGAAUGCAAAGAGCUAUCACUACAUCCUGGCUAACCUGGGUUUCCUGGACAUCGAUCUGACAGACCUGAGGAAAGGUGGGGCGAACAUCACUGGCUUCCAGCUCGUCAACAACUCUGAGCCCAGCGUCAGCCGCGUCGUCCAGCAGUGGAUGGAGUUUGACAAUAAAGACUCCAAAGUGCCCAAGAGUGGACUCAAAUACACAGGUGCGCUGACAUACGACGGGGUGAAAGUCAUGUCCACGGCCUUCCAGAAUUUAAGGAGACAAAGGAUAGACAUUUCUCGCAGGGGCAACGCUGGAGAGUGUCUCGCCAACCCACCGGCUCCCUGGGGACAGGGCAUAGACAUCCAGAGAGCCUUGCAGCAGGUCCGUAUAGAUGGAUUGACUGGUCACAUUCAGUUCAACGAGAAAGGCCGCAGAACCAACUACACCGUUAGCGUCAUGGAACUGGCCCCGUCUGGACCCAAGAAGGUCGGCUACUGGAACGAAGAUGAGAAGUAUGUGACCACCGCCAGCUUCAUGAGAGGCAGCAACGAGACUUACGGCCUGCAGAACAGAACUUACAUAGUCACCACUAUCUUGGAGUCUCCCUAUGUGAUGCUGAAGAAGAACCACGAGCAGCUUGUGGGAAAUGAUAAGUACGAGGGCUACAUCGUCGAGCUGGCUGCUGAGAUUGCCAAACACGUGGGCUACCAGUACAAACUGAAGAUUGUUUCAGAUGGCAAGUACGGAGCCAGAGAUCCUGAUACCAAGAUGUGGAACGGCAUGGUGGGCGAACUGGUGUAUGGGAAAGCAGACGUGGCUGUGGCUCCUCUCACCAUCACCCUGGUCCGUGAAGAAGUCAUUGACUUUUCUAAGCCCUUCAUGUCUCUUGGUAUCUCCAUCAUGAUUAAGAAACCCACCAAAUCCAAACCUGGUGUGUUUUCGUUCCUGGACCCGCUGGCUUAUGAGAUCUGGAUGUGCAUAGUGUUUGCCUACAUUGGCGUCAGCGUCGUCCUCUUCCUUGUCAGUCGGUUCAGCCCAUACGAGUGGCAUGCUGAGGACUACGAGGAGACAGGUGAGCCCCAGACUCCGACCCAAGCUUCAGCCACUAAUGGGGUGCAGCAGGGACAGACACCAACACAGCAGAACACCAACCAACAGAGUCCUGAGCAGACCAAUGAGUUCGGCAUCUUCAACUCCCUUUGGUUUUCACUCGGCGCCUUCAUGCAGCAAGGAUGCGAUAUCUCACCACGCUCUCUGUCAGGCCGCAUUGUUGGAGGCGUGUGGUGGUUCUUCACCCUUAUCAUCAUCUCAUCCUAUACUGCCAACUUGGCUGCCUUCCUGACAGUGGAGAGGAUGGUGUCUCCUAUAGAGAGCGCUGAGGAUUUGGCCAAACAGACAGAAAUCGCCUAUGGAACGCUGGAUGCCGGCUCCACCAAAGAAUUCUUCAGGAGGUCUAAGAUUGCUGUGUUUGAGAAGAUGUGGUCCUACAUGAAGGCGGCUGACCCGUCCGUGUUUGUCAAGACCACAGACGAAGGUGUAAUGAGAGUCAGGAAGUCCAAGGGCAAGUAUGCCUACCUGCUGGAGUCCACUAUGAACGAGUACAUAGAGCAGAGGAAACCCUGCGACACUAUGAAGGUGGGAGGGAACCUGGACUCUAAAGGUUAUGGCAUCGCCACCCCCAAGGGCUCCCCUCUCAGAAACCCAGUAAACCUGGCAGUGUUAAAACUGAACGAGCAGGGCCUCUUGGACAAAUUGAAAAACAAGUGGUGGUACGACAAGGGAGAGUGCGGCAGCGGGGGCGGGGACUCCAAGGACAAGACGAGCGCUCUGAGCCUCAGCAAUGUGGCGGGAGUCUUCUACAUCCUGAUCGGCGGCCUGGGCCUGGCCAUGCUGGUGGCACUGGUGGAGUUCUGCUACAAGUCCAGGACCGAGUCGCGCCGAAUGAAGCAGUCCAUCAACGACGCCAUGCGCUGCUCCACCCUGACCAGGAUGAGUGGCAACGGGAGCGGCGGAGAGAACGGACGAAUCCUCACCCACGACUUCCCCAAGACCGUUCAAACGCUGCCCUGUAUGAGCCACACCGCCAGCAUGGGACUGGGUGCCUCAGGCAUGUGA